GUCCCUUGCUGUCAGAAGAGCAUGGAAAGCUGAGGCAAGCAACAUCUUAAGAUUGGCAGGGUCAUCACCGAGGUUGCUCAGCUGAAAGAUAAAGGCAGCUUUGGGUACAGCAGGGAGAGAAAGACACUCUCGUGUUCAAGUAUUGGCAACUCAUUGCUGGUUGGUGGGGAACAGUGAUGCUUUGUGAAGUCACUGCUGCUAUGUGUCCACCUAAGUGAGAACACCACUGGUAGGAAGGAAGAGAGUAUGGGAAACUAAGAGGAGACAACAUCCUAAGUCUGGCCGGGUCAUCCAAGCUGCUCAGCCAAAAGGAGAGCACACUACAGCUCUUUGAGACAUUUCCACUUUUAGCCAACAAAGAUGCCGCAUGAACUCGACUGGCUAAACAGCCAAGCUGGUAUGUGUAAGGUCAACUUCUACAGUCCUGAUGGACCGAAAGACCAGCAAUGUAAAGUGGUUUGCUUUGUUGAUGUAGCUGACAUGAAAGACAAAUUUCCAGGCUUAAACAUACCUACUGACCAGCCCAGCAACAUCUCUGAUUCUACAGGUGAGUUAGUGGAUAUUGAAGAUAAGGAGGUUGUCAUCAUCAAGGACAAUGAGCAAAGUGAUCAUGUGAAUGCAGAGGGAUCAGUCUGCCUUUUAAAACCAGGCUUCUCCAAAGACACCAGUGUGGUCAGUUGGCUCAGCAAUGACCUUCAGAAAUAUGCACUAGGAUUCCAACAUGCACUGUCCCCUUCAGAAAUGCCUUGCAACGCCAAUGUGUUUGACACAGUAUCCCAGAACAACAACAACACUGCUCCAAGCCAAUCUAGUAGUGAAAGACCAAACCCUGAAGACCUUGCAUAUUAUGCCAAUAAGCUCUGCAAUUUAGUCCUUGAAAUGACACGGAAGGAGAUCAAAGAAAAAUGGGAAAGUUCAGGGAAGUGCACACGACACACCAUUACUAGUCCCUAUAGUGCCGAGGCAAAAUCUCCUGCCUCUGAGGGUGCUGAUGUCAGCAAAAAGCCACCUCAAGAACGGUCAGUCAAGAUUGAAGAUGCCUUCACCAGUGAAAAUGCCCAAAAGAUGCAAGAUACAACCUAUUCAGACAAAUUUAGGAUGGAUGAUGGCACUUCUGUAAGUAAAGGAAUGAUGGUGUAUGCAAACCAAGUUGCCUCAGACAUGAUGCUAUCAUUUCUGAAGACCAUGAAAGUCCAAAAAGGUCGGCGUCCUCUGCCUGCAUGUACUGUUUUAAAAGAGGUGCUCCUACGGCACGCUAAGGAAGUUGUCUCAGACUUAAUUGAUUCCUCUAUGAAAAAUCUGCACAAUAUUACAGGGGCCCUCAUGACGGACUCUGAUUUUGUUUAUGGACUGAAGAGAAAUCUUUACAAUGUGGGAACUCAGAAGACAUCAGAGGUCAUGGAAGCCAUGGUGAAACGUUUGUUUAAACUUCUUUCAGUGGAUGAUAGGCCUAAGUCUUAUACAUUUACAGCGUAUAAAGCUGGUGCCCAGUCAAACCAAAGAACCCAGGACUUUCAGUUUGCAUCCUUGAAAAGGGAAUCUCAUAGUCAAGGGAAGGACCACGUCUGUGGUCUGGGAAAGUCUAUUCCAACAGAUAGCAGAAGGUCAGAGAAGGCAUCAAUGGACCUGUAUGCAAAAGAGCUCAUUGUAGCAGCACUGAAACAGAUACAGCAACAUCUAUUGGAAAAAACCAGAGAGAACAGGCACGACGGUGAAUCUAAUAUGUCUUCAUUUGGCUACAUACAUCGAGACACAAAUCAUGAUGGUGCUGAUGUUCCAAAGUACUCCUCCAACCCAAGUGAAGGAAGGGCAGAUAUCUCUGACAGCCUAAGAGGACACCUCAUAUUGCCAAUGGUCCAGAAGAUCCUGCGUGAAGCUGGUUUAAAUCUAGACAGCCAGUGCCUUGACAAAAACCAAAGAUAGAAGCAGAGGUCUCAGCAGAGCAAGAACCUUCUGAAAGAGGCCCACUGGAUCAUUAGAUCUGUAUGACAAUAUGGAGCAAAUGGACAAGCACAUUUGUUAACCAGUUGAUAACCACUGUGAUGAAAAGGAUAACUUUAUUCAUAAUGAAAGGCAUUUGCUCUGAUUUUACCCAGUCAUCCCAUCAUCACAGCCCUUGCUGCAAGCAGCAGUGGAGUGAACUACAACUGGUUGACCAAAUAGUAGCUGGAAAAGAUCAUCAAUUAAAAGCAAACAUUAAAAAAUAAGAAGAGGAGAAAGGCUAUGUGCUUAAUUGCUUCAUCGGAGCAUAACAAACAGCCAGGUGAAACAAGCAACUAGAUUGUUAUUAUGCCAAAGGAGUGGUAGUGACCAAUACACAUCAUCUAACAGGUGAGAUAGGUCCAGAUGGUGUAUUAUCUCAUCAUCCUGUAAGGUCUUAGUAGACCCAUCCUAGAUUUUCUCUAGGAUGAGAUGAUAACACAAGUGCAAUUUAUUAAACCUUCUGGAACUGCUUUAUGAUUCCUAA